AUGGUUAAACAUGCAUCGAUGGCUUUCUUCCAGAGAUUUCGUCGACCUGCGACGGUUUUUGGUGUCCUCUUGUUCUCCUUGAUUACUGUAGGCUUCUUCAGCGGCACCACUCUAGGGAUACCCGAAAGCAUACGAUGGCGCACGACAGUCGAGUGGAAAGAGAGCAGGAGAUUCAUUGUUGGCUUGACAGAGAGAGCCGGACACCACGAUGAGGUACUUGGCGCACUUCUCUACUCACUGCGUACCAUGCAAAGUGUUCGAAAGGUCCUAGUAUAUCGCAACAGUUUCCGCUAUAAAUUCGACGAAACUAUCAGGCCGUUCUAUCCCUUUGCUCCAGAGCCUGCUCAGGCAAUGCUCGAAUCUCUGUCAAAUCCCAAUAACACUGACGCGCUGGAUGUUGUCAUCUUAUCCACCGGGGAACGUACCAUUGAAGCCAUUAUGCCCACCCUCGUCGAGGCAUUUGAUGCCCGACCGCCUGAUCGCAAGUUCACGGUACUUUGCGUCGUGCAUGAUGCAGGUCGCCUACAAGAAUUGGAUUUUAUUGCCCCCUUGUCUAUCCGCGGGGCACUUCGAUAUGUGACUCUGAAUCAAGCUGCUCAGCGGACGCUGUAUGAAGGGAUUUUUGCUGCCGCCGCAAGACACCCUGAGGCUCAGUUCGACCGCGUACCAGUCUAUGCAAUUGCUCCUAUUUUUCCUGUACAAGGUUUGAAGAACCACCAGCGAUAUAUAUUAACGAACGUAGUUGUUCAAGGUAACAUGGAUCAAGGCCGUCGGGACUAUAAAAAGCUCUUCGAUGACAUGAUGGAUGCGCUAAAGGAGAACGCAGAAUUUUGGGGAUACAAACCACUGGAAGAAGGAACAAAUGGAUCUUACGUACCACUCGAACCCUCGUUCGGAAUGGAGCCAUUUCUCAUUCACCUCGCUGGUGGCACAGUGCGAAAUUUGGUGGUUCCUCAAGCACUAUUAAAUGUCGUCAAGGUUCACCAGUCGCUACCCUAUCCAGAGUACUUUGCUCUCAUGAACAGCAUGGAUCUCGUCUUACCCGCUUUUGCUAAAGAGGGGUACUACAAAACCUCAGCGUCGAGCUCAGUCGCAGCUGCCGUUAUAGCCGAGGUUCCGAUUUUGGCUAGUCGACGGCUGCUGUACUGCUACCAAUAUCUCGAUGAGAGGAACUCUGUCAUUUUACCCUCGGGGAUGUCGGAGAUAGAGGCGGUACGACUCAUCCGAGCUGGAAUCACGCCUGACACUGGAGAACCAUUUAAUCGGGAGGCUGUCUACAAUCGCACAAAUAUGGAGCGUUUACGUCAAGAGAUCUACGACUCGAAUGAGAGGACGUUGAUCAAAGCCUUUGCGUUAUGA